CGGCCAAAAUUCGUUGAGGGCCCGUGACGGCCUUGGGCGCCGCACGGGGGGAGAAGGUGGCUGUCGGGUCCGGCCUGGGGCCCAAGGCAGAGAACUGGCAGCAGGUCCUUCUUUUCCUUUGCGGCCUCAAGCUUCAAUAGUAGUCGUCCACUUGCAGCGCCUUACACUAGGCAAGGGGUCGCCAUAAGCAAGAGAUCAAUGUCUGCCAUUCACCAGAUGUUGCCCGGAGGGGGGAGUCCUUAUGGGGAGUAAGGGCUCUUUCCAUAGAGUCUGGUGGAGGGUGUGUACGGGUCCCUUGAUUAUGAUGACGCCGGGCUGAACAACUCGCCAUGAACGAGGGCACGCCGUGCACCAUGCACCAGACACUGGCAGUACGAGGGGUCCUUUAGGGGAGAAAAGGGCUCACUUCAUGACAGUGGUUGGGGAGUGGUGUGUGGUGGGUCAUUGCUCAUGGCGACCCGUGUGAGGCGCGGCAAGGUUGCAUCGUCACUGCCCUCACACCCAGGGACUGGGGUGGACCCUUGGGGAGGAAGGGUUCGUCCUGGUACCUAUGUAGGUAUCGUUAUCGUGGAAACUCGCAAUCGUUAUCGUGGAAACUCGCAUCGUUAUCGUGGAAUCGCAUCGUUAUCGUGGAAUCGCAUCGUUAUCGUGGAAUCGCAUCGUUAUCGUGGAAUCGUGGAAUCGCAUCGUUAUCGUGGAAUCGUGGAAUCGCAUCGUUAUCGUGGAAUCGUGGAAUCGCAUCGUUAUCGUGGAAUCGCAUCGUUAUCGUGGAAUCGUGGAAUCGCAUCGUUAUCGUGGAAUCGUGGAAUCGCAUCGUUAUCGUGGAAUCGCAUCGUUAUCGUGGAAUCGUGGAAUCGCAUCGUUAUCGUGGAAUCGUGGAAUCGCAUCGUUAUCGUGGAAUCGCAUCGUUAUCGUGGAAUCGCAUCGUUAUCAUGGAAUCGUGGAAUCGCAUCGUUAUCGUAUCGUGGAAUCGCAUCGUUAUCGUGGAAUCGCAUCGUUAUCGUGGAAUCGCAUCGUUAUCGUGGAAACUCGUAUCAUUAUCGUGGAAUCGCAUCGUUAUCGUGGAAUCGCAUCGUUAUCGUGGAAUCGUGGAAUCGCAUCGUUAUCGUGGAAUCGCAUCGUUAUCGUGGAAUCGCAUCGUUAUCGUGGAAACUCGUAUCAUUAUCGUGGAAUCGCAUCGUUAUCGUGGAAUCGCAUCGUUAUCGUGGAAUCGCAUCGUUAUCGUGGAAUCGCAUCGUUAUCGUGGAAACUCGUAUCGUUAUCGUGGAAUCGCAUCGUUAUCGUGGAAUCGCAUCGUUAUCGUGGAAACUCGUAUCAUUAUCGUGGAAUCGCAUCGUUAUCGUGGAAUCACAUCGUUAUCGUGGAAUCGCAUCGUUAUCGUGGAAUCUCGUAUCAUUAUCGUGGAAUCGCAUCGUUAUCUUCGUCACGCGCAUCGUAAUCAUCGAGAGUGCAGUAAACAUUGGGCUGUGCCGAGCGUCACGAAGGUUUAAGGUCAAGGGAUGUAAUCAGAGAGGGGUUCACAGCCACCCCACCCCACACCAGCAUGGCACCUCCACUCAGUAG